AAAAGUAAUUCAAAAUAUUUUGUUCAAUACGUUCAUGUUAAUGUUUAAAAUAUAUUAAAUUAGAAAUUACAGACAUUGCAGUGAUUACACGAUGAUGAUACAUGUUACACACUACAUAGUAUUACUGAAACGACUUACGAAUUUUUAAUUCUCAUUUUUUUUUUUUUAAUAUAUUAUCAAAAUUAAAGUAUUCUAAUAACUAAUUUAAGUUAUUAACUAUCAGACCAUCAGCAAUUAAGUUAUCAAUUUUUUCAAUAAUGGAUAUUUUGUAUCCAUGCAGUCUGUGUUCACAGACUUUUACGUUAAGAAAACAUAUUUUAAAACAUAUGGAAACUGUUCACGAAUCUAACGUUUCUAAAAUAUGUGAUGAUUCCAAAAGUUUAUUAAACUGUUCACAAUGUCAUAAAAAGUUUAAUAAUAAUAGUGUUUUAAACAAGCAUAUACAAUUAGAUCACAAUAUUUCAAUACUAAAUUUAAGCAAGUAUAAUUCAAGGCCAUCAAAGAAAAGAGUUUCUCAAAAGCUCGAUGCUUAUUUAUCAUUAAAAGAUUGUUUGCCAGAUGAUUAUUCUUAUAAAAUAUUAGCAUUCAAAGAUAUUUUAUAUGGACAGUUUAAAGCAAAGUUUCUGAUUAUUAACAUCGAUAAAGAAUCAUUUUUAAAUUGGUUGGAUAAUUUAUGUCAUAAAACUAAAGUUAAUUAUAUAACUGAAAAUGUAUAUUCUAUUUCUUUAAAAAACAUCCACCGAAAAGUGUAUAAAUGCAAAAAUAUUGAUUAUUGGAAUAUUAAGUCCAAUAGUAUUCUGCAAAAACCAACUAGUUGUAAAGCCAGUCUAACAGUUACAAUUAAACCUUUAAACAAAAAAUUAGCUCAUCAAUCAAAAGCUGUCAUACUAAUGAAACAUUGUCAUUGUCAUCCUAAAAAUAAUUUCACUUCAAUGAAAUCUUUAGAUAUAUUUCAUAUUUAUGAUCAAUUUGCACAUUUAUUUAAAAAUGGUCUAUCAGCAGCUAGUGCACUGCAUACAUAUACAAAUAAAACUAUACAAAAUGAAGGUAUACAUCAUUAUUUGAAAUUAAUGGAUUCAGGAGUCAAACCAGAUGUAGAAUUUGUCUAUGAGUUGUACUACAGGUACAUUAGAAAGUCUAGAUUUUCAUCACCAUUUGUUAAACGUGUAGAUUCAUUAAUGGAAUCUCUAAAAUAUUAUAAUACUAGAAUAGGAAGAAAGAGUGCAGAUAUUGAAUUAAUAGAAAACAAUAUUGUGGUAGCUGUUCGAACUCCGCUAAUGGAAAAAAUUAAUACCGAUACAGUAUUUGUGUGCUCAACUAGUUUAGAUAUUUGUAAGACAUGGUUUAUGUUUAGUGAAACUAAUAAAAAAAUAAUGAUCCCUGUAGGAGUAAUUAUAUCCACCAAUGAUAAGGACUGUUUGUUAAAGGCAGGUUUAGGUUUAUGGGAAAAGUUAGGUGGUAGGACCAAGACUGUUGUAGUAGACUUAGAGUAUACACAUAUAUUCCAAACAGUUUUUCCUAAAGCCACUGUAUGUGUUUCGAAAUUUCAUUUUUUGCUGAGCGUGUGGAAAUGGCUAAUUAAUGUCACAGAUAUAAAUAAUUUAAUUGAAGAAUUAAAUUGUUUUAUUGAAUUAAAAAAAAUAGUAUGUUCUGAAAAUUUUAUUAUCGAUCAUUUAAUAGAUAACAAUUUUGUUAUUGUUUUAGUUGAAAAAUAUCCAAAUUUCAACCAAUUUAUGCAAAAUAUUAAUAAAAAUAAUUUUUUAUUUUGUUCGUCUAUGUCUACUCAUCCAUGCUCCACAAUUUCUGAACGGACAUUUAUUUAUCACCAUACUAAUUCACUUUCAAUAUUACAAACAUUUCAUUUUGUUAUUGAUGAAAUUGACUUUUUCUACAACAAUUUGUUUACAGAUAAUCCAUAUAAUAAUCAACAAAUAAUUUUAAAUAACUUCAAAGAGAUUAACAGAGAUAAAAACUGUUUUACUUACUGUUGUAUGAAUGACAAUCAUUCCAUAUACUUAGUAGAAAAUAAUAAUGGUGGUAAAUUUUUUGUUGAUAUGGAUAUUGGACUUUGUUCUUGUAUUAUUAAUAAUGUGUGUUCUCCGUGUAUCCACCAAGAGUUUUUAAGUGAACGUUCAAAUAAAAAUAUCAUAAACCGUUUAGAAGAUAGUGAUAUUUGUAUUUUAAAUACAUCUAAUUAUGACAAAGAAAAACGAAAUACAGAAAAAAAAGAAUUUGAAAAAAUUUUAUCUGAAUUUCAAUCUGUUCAUAAUAAGAUAAAAGAACAAUUUGUGAUUGAUCCUGAAUAUUUUAAAGUUGGCAUUCAGAAGUUUGUUUCAACUUGGAAGAACUAUCUAACAUCAGAUAAAUCUUUAUUAUUAGCAUGUAAUUCUUUAAGCAAUAUUUACCAAUCAAACUUAGAUAACGAUUCAUAGACCAUAUUAUGAAGCUUAUAUUUUGGGAUUUUUGUUUGUUAUUUUUUAAUACAAUGUAAUGAGGUUAUUUUUUAAUCUUACUUUAA